UGCUGACUGCUUUGCCUGCGUGCUUCGGCUUGUUCCAUCCUCGACAGUCGCAGAACAUGCCGAUGCCGAUGGGUUCGAUUUCGUCCAAGUUUCUUCAAUCCUAUGGAUAUGAUCUGAUUCUGGGAUCUAUAGCUGCAUUUUAUGUGUUCAUGGCACCGUAUACUAAGGUCGAAGAAAGCUUCAAUGUGCAGUCUAUGCACGACAUUCUUUAUUACCGGCAUCAUCUAAAUUCCUAUGAUCACUUGGAGUUUCCCGGUGUCGUUCCUCGAACCUUUAUUGGAGCCUUCCUAGUUUCCAUUCUCGCAUCACCAGUCGUGCCAAUUAUCAACUUGCUUGGCUUUCCUAAGAUUUACGGUCUUGUUGCAGUACGUUUGGUGCUGGGUUGCGUCAUAUUGUCCACUCUAAGGUUCUUCCGAUUUCAGAUAAGAAAAGUGUUUGGGCAUCAAGUGGAAGCUUUCUUUGUACUUCUCACUGCCCUCCAGUUUCAUUUGCUGUUCUACUGCACCCGCCCUCUACCUAACAUCCUAGCUUUGGGAUUAGUUAAUUUGGCUUAUGGGAAUUGGUUGAGGCGAAACUUCUGUUCGACUUUGAGCUUCCUGAUUGUGGCCACCUUAAUCUUCAGAUGCGAUAUAUUGUUACUACUUGGGCCUAUUGGUCUUGAGUUUUUACUGACCAGAUCAAUCCCAUUCUGCAAGGCAUUUAAGUGCUGUGUUGGAGCCGCUGUGUUGUCCACAGGUCUUACCAUUUUUGUUGACUCUAUAAUGUGGAGGAGGUUUGUGUGGCCAGAAUUUGAAGUUUUCUGGUUCAACUCUAUUUUGAACCGAAGUUCUGAAUGGGGUACAAGUCCCAUACAUUGGUACUUCACUUCAGCACUCCCCCGAUCUUUACUUGUGGCUUAUCCUCUUGCAAUGCUUGGUACCUUACUUGACAGGAGGGUUGCAUUUGUUUUUCUUCCUCUUCUAUCCUUUGUUGUACUCUACUCUAAACUUCCACACAAGGAACUCCGCUUUAUUAUUAGUUCAGUGCCAAUGUUUAACUUGUGUGCUGCAGUUGCUGCCAGUAGAAUCUACAAUAACAGAAAGAAAACUCUUUGGAGGCUGAUGAACAUAGUUAUGCUAGGAUUAUUCAUACUCAGUGCAGGGUGCACAAUCACGACAUUCAUGGCAUCUUACAACAACUAUCCUAGUGGUUAUGCUCUGGAGCGUUUGCAUCAUACGAGCCAUUCUGGUAACAGUGCAGAGGCACAGUGCUGGGUUCACAUAGACACUUUUGCUGCUAUGAAUGGGAUAUCUCGUUUUUGUGAAUAUGCUUUUCCGUGGAGAUACUCGAAAGAAGAAGGGAUACCGUUGGAAGAGUUGCACAAACGAAAUUUCACCUAUCUUGUUAAUGAGCAUGCCUUUGUGGAUGGAUACAAAUGCUUGUUUUCUGAGGCGGGCUUCUCUAGACUCCGUCUCCAGCACGGUUUCCCUCCGAUUGUAUUGGAAAAGGAAGUUAAAGUCUACGUCCAUGAGAAGAGGAAGAUGAAGAACACGAUGCCAAAGGAGUGGUCGGGAUGUUAACAGUCAUCUAGUUGUUUCACGAGUUUGACUUGAGUGGGUCUUUCCAUUUGUUUUGUUUCAUACAGACCUAAAUUGCAAAAUGGAUUCUUUUUUUUUUUUCAUUUCAAAUAAAAUAAAUGCUUAUGUUACUGA